AUGGAGAGUGCAGCUGGGUUGGCAGGAGGCGAAGGGGCGGCUUCGGUGGCGAUGACAGCGCCGCCGAGGCCAACGAAGAAGAUGAUCGAGGACCACGAGGUGUCUCAUCUCCCCUUCAGGAGCUGGUGCACAGCGUGCGUGCGGGGACGAGCCAAGAGUUGCCCGCAUUACAGGCACGACAAGAGCGGCGAGGUGUACUCGACCUUCAGCGCCGACUACGGCUUCUUCGGAGUGCCUGGAGAAGCGCCUUUUGAGGCAGUGGCUGGAAAGGACCUGCCGGUGAUCGUGGCAUACGAUCGCAAGGCAAAGUGCCCCUUCGCACAUCCAGUGCCGCAUAAGGGCCUGGAGAAGGACGGGAAGAUGAACCUGUACCCGGUUCGCGUUCUGGCGAACGACUUGAACAAGCUGGGGUACAAGAAGGUAAACGCCAAGAGCGACCAGGAGAGCUCCAUCAAGGCAGUGAUCCAAAAGCUGAAGGAGACGUGGGCAGGCGAGAUCGUCAUCGAGAUGGCCCCGAGGGGCGAGAAGGCCAGCAAUGGCGAGGCCGAGCGCGCGGUCCAGAGCAUACACGGGCUCGCGCGGACUUUGAAGGAGCAUGUUGAGCAGUAUGCUCGUUUGAAGCUGGACCCGAAGAGUCCAAUCAUAGCGUGGCUCAUCGAGCACGCCUCGAACCUGUUCUACAUCUUCAACCGCGGUGACGACGGCAUGACGCCGUUCCAGCGGGUGAAGGGUAAGGAGUGGCAGGUGGCACUCCCUGCGUUCGGCGAGAGCGUGGAGUUCAGGAGGAGGACGCGCCACAAGUUGGAGGCGAGAUGGGAGAGAGGUCUCUUCUUGGGUGUCAAGGUGGAGUCGACGGAGAAGAUCGUCGGCACCGAGAGGGGCGUUCACGUCGUGCAGUCCGUGCGGCGGCUGCCCGAGGACCAGCGCUACGAUUCUGAGGCGCUGAGCAAGCUAAAGGGCCUCCCGUGGAAGCCCAUCCCGGACAGCCCAGAGGGCGAGGAGGUGCGCGAGCUCCCCGGCGCGGCAGAGCUCGAACCCGAGUGCCCCGAGGUACCUCCUGUCCCCGCGGAGGCGGCCGAGCAGGUCAGGCAGCAGAGGCGCUACUACAUCACGGUCGCGGACUUGGAGGAGUACGGAAAGACCGAGGGUUGUCCGGCAUGCCUGGCCACGCACAUGGGCCACCCCAGGUCGGGGUUGUUGCGCACGCCGGAGUGCAGAGAGCGGAUCGAGGCUGCAGUCGCGGCUGAUCCCAAUCGCAAUUCUCGGCUGAUGGCUGCGAGAGCGCGUCGAGUCGAGAAGAGGCCUGCCGCGGACCCGCCUGUAGAGAGCGGCACGGGCAGGCGACCCAGGAUACCUGCACCUGGAGCGGCUGCAGGGGGCGCGGCUUCGUCUUCGAGCCGGCCGUCCCCGGUACCCCAGGAGAUGCAGGUGGAUGGAGGCGCGGCCCCAGCUUCGGGUCAGCACCCCCAGAUGGAGGUGGACGAGCAGGGAUCCAGAGCUAAACGAGCCGCCCCAGAGGAGGGCGACGCCAUGCAGGACACCAUCGGGUUCAUGACUCGGCUCAUGGACGGAGGCGGCGACGACGACGAGGUCGAGCGCGCCAUCGGCGCCCUGGUCGAGGUCCAGAGGGAGCGCGUGAUCAUGGAGAUCCGCGAGUCUGGAGACGAAUGCCCGGGCUCUGUUGAGCAGUACUUUGCCGCAAUGCCCCCACUGGCAUCGUUAAAGAUGCUCCUCAGCAUCGCGGUCACCACAGUGCUGCCCAGGAAGGGGGUGGUGUACGCCAAGAAGGGGCAGUACGUGUUGCAGUUCCUGGACGUCAAGAAGGCGCACUUCUGGGCCAUGGCCGAGCGGUUGCUCUUCGUGGAGCUCCCUGAGGAGUACAAGCGGAAGCGCGGGAUCACGGGAGACAUGGUGGGCAAGCUGCUUCGUUCCAUGUAUGGGAUGCGGGAUGCCGCGUCCCUGUGGGAGAAGCUGGUGGCUACCGAGAUGAGGGCCCUAGGCUUUCGUCAGGGCCGGAGCUCCCCGUGCAUCUUCUGGCACCCGGUCAGAGACAUCAGGGCGACGCUCCACGGUGACAACUUCGUGAGCCUGGCCGCCGGGAUCGACGUCGACUGGCUGUUCAAGGAGCUGAACAAGGAGUGGACCGUGAAGGUGGAGGGCAUCUUCGGCCCGCCCGGCGAGCCGGACACGGUGCAGAGCAUUCGCACUUUGAACCGUCUCCUAACUUGGACGACAGAGGGCAUUGAGUGGGAGUGCGACCCACGACACGUAGACAUCGUGAUUCGCGAAUUGGGGUUGGCUUCAGGUGGAGCUAACACCAAACUCACCACGCCUGGGGUCCGUGAGCGGCCCGACGCCGUGGAGGAAGAGGACAUCGCCAUCCCAGAGCAGGAGCGCACUUGGUACCGGUCUGUAUGCAUGAGAUUGGCGUACGUCGCGCAGGACCGUCCUGACCUAGGUGUAGCUGUUCGCGAGAUGGCCAAGGGGAUGCAGGCCCCUUGCGAGCGCCACGUGGCUCUGCUGAAGCAUGCUGCGCGCUAUCUUCGAGGUAGCCCUAGGCUUGUGCAGUACUUCAAGAACCAGGAAGCGGCCACAUGGUUAGACGGCUGGUGUGAUGCAGACCACGCAGGCUGCCUCAGGACACGGAAGAGCACGUCAGGAGGCGCGAUCAUGGCCGGUCUGCAUUGCUUGCAUCAUUGGUGCCGUGGCCAGUCAGUCAUAGCGUUGAGUAGUGGUGAAGCUGAGUACUAUAGCCUAGUUACGCUCAUGAGUGAGUUGUGCGGCUUGCGAUCGUUAGCUUUAGAUUGGAAUCUUAUGUAUAAUCUCAGUGUGAACGUGGACGCGACCGCUGCCAUAGGCAUGGUCUCGCGACGCGGGCUUGGUAAGACCAAGCACAUCGACACUGUGUGGCUCUGGGCGCAGGAAGCGAUGGAUCGUUUCAAGGUGUCUCUGAGGAAGAAUCACACCGACGACAUGAUAGCAGAUCUUCUCACUAAGUUUUUGAAUCGGGACAAG